CGCAGACAUGCCGUACAAGACAUCACUCCUCGGGAACCGAUUGUUAGCUCAACCGAUGCCAGAGACCAGUCGACGACAGUCUCAGGUGAUGGCCAACAGCAGCAGUCAAUGGCCACUACGGCUGUCCCACCACUGGUGCCGACAUCCGCCACCACUUCCAGUCUUAAUACACAAACUGUGGACAACACGUGCGAUGAACAUACCGAAGACAUCAUUCCUCGGGAUGUGAUUUCCAGCCAAUGCGAUGUCGCGGACACUAAAUGGACAGUACGGGCGACCGAUGCGGACACCCAAUCGAUGGACAGCGAUAUGGAUUUGGACUCCGAUAUUGAGAACAUGAUAGCGAUGGCCGACUUCGACACCCGUAUAACACCGGGUGGUAUAGAGUCGGCGCCCGUAUUUACUGGUCAGCCAUUGGCGGACAAUAAACAUACCGUUGAAGACAUCAUUUCUCGGGAACCGGUCGGCGACUCAACCGAUGCCAGUGAACAGUCAACUACUACUGCACACACCGACAGUCAACCUCAACAGCCAAUGGCCACUACGGCUGACCCUCCAGUGCUGCCGACGGCCAACACAUCUCUAUACGAGUUGUGCCAACCGUUUGGCCACAACUACGCUGAAAAUGAUGGGCAAAACGCUAUCCCAUACCAAACGACGCAUUCACAAUAG